UUUUGUCGGCGCGGACAGAGCGGAUAAAACACAGAAAAAAAGUCACACAAUGCAGCUGGACUUCCUCCUCCUCUCAGCGCUGUUUACAGUCCUCUCAUCCAGCCGCGCGGCGCUCACGCGCAAAGCAGAGGCAUGCCUUCUCCAAGUGGACGACGGCCCCUGCAGGGCGGACGUGGAGCGCUUUUAUUACAACACCAUCACCCAGCGGUGCGAGGUCUUCUCCUACGGCGGCUGCCUGGGCAARGCCAACAACUUCAAGAGUUACCCUGAGUGCCAGAAGACGUGCUUCAGAAUCCCAAAAAUCCCUCAAAUCUGCAGGUUUCCAAAAGAGGAAGGUCACUGCCGUGCCCUUUUACCCCGUUUCUUCUUCAACAUGACCACCAUGCAGUGUGAGCCCUUCUCUUAUGGGGGCUGCGGGGGGAACUCCAACCGCUUCCAAGACCUCGCCUCUUGCUCGGAGUACUGCAGUCCGCAGAAAAGUGUUCCCYUUCUCUGUUUGGACCCUCUGGACAAAGGGAAGUGCUCGGCUUCGAUCGCUCGCUUUUACUACAACGCGGCCACCAAGACGUGCGAGGAGUUCACGUACACGGGCUGCGGSGGGAGCAGCAACAACUUUGUGUCGUUUCAAAGCUGCAUGGACGUGUGCGUUAAAGGAAGCAAAAAGCAGAAACCUCAGGGGAAAAUUCACCGGUUGAGACGAAAUAAAAACAAACCCAUAAAGUUUUUGCAGGCAUAGCCGUCCAGCCGAUGUUCUCACCUGAACAAGUCCUUCAUGGAACUGAAGAUGUUUGUUGAUGCCAAAGGAUGACAAAGGUCGUGUUUCUUUAGAUACGACUCCAUCGUGACUUAUUUUCAUGUUUAUUUUAAACUGUGAUGCUUCUAAUUUUGUAUUUUGAUACUUUAUGUGUAAAAUGUAUGUUUUGUGAAAGUAAUACACUGUAAAAAAA